AUGUCCGAGGAGCGACCAGCAGUAGCUGCGGCUCCGUUCCCAUCGCACCCCGCGCCCGUACCACACCGUGCUGGAGGUGACGCAGGCGGCAAUGCGGCUCCCGACGCAGCCGCGACCCUAUUAACGACGACGGCGGUAGCAGCAACGACCGCGGCAUCCGCGAUCACAGGUGCAUCCGUUUCGCUGACCGAGCCUGCGUCGGAUCCUACCAUUGUGACCUUCGGACCAUCACUUCCGCCAACGAUGGUGAACGGCACGGCAGAACCGCCGGUUGCGGGGUUACCUGUUUUCCAUCACUACGACGACAGUGAGGACGACGGUGACGAUUCGUACCAAACAGACUCGAUCUCGAUCGAGCGAAUAAGACAGUACUUGUCGGAUAAGCUCGGAUUCUACUCCGCCGACGGGUUCGAUGAUAAAGAUGGAACGGGCGGAGCGCCAAGACGGCGUGUGCUCGAAACGGUCGACAUUGACGGUGUGCUGAAGCACUGGAAAAAUGGUGGCUUCAAGAAAGUGGUCACCAUGGUCGGUGCUGGUAUAUCCACCUCUGCUGGCAUACCGGACUUCCGCUCACCGGACACCGGAUUGUACAACAAUCUGAUGAAGUACAAUCUGCCCUACCCACAGGCCAUCUUCGAGCUCGAAUACCUGUACCAGAACCCGAAGCCGUUUUUCACGCUGGCCAAAGAGCUAUAUCCGGGCACGUUCAAACCGACGCCGUCUCAUUAUUUCGUUCGAUUGCUCGAACAAAAGGGCCUGCUGGUGCGACACUACACGCAGAACAUCGAUACACUGGAGCGCAUUGCUGGAAUCAGCGAGGAGAAGAUCGUUGAGGCCCAUGGAACGUUCUACACUAACCAUUGUCUCCAGUGCAAGACGGCCUACAGCUUGGAGUUCGUUAAGGAAAAAAUAUUCGCCGACGAAGUUCCCAAAUGUCCGUGCGGUGGCGUCAUCAAGCCAGACAUCGUGUUCUUCGGCGAGGGUCUGCCGGAGCGGUUCCACAUGCUACCACACCGGGACUUUGCCGAGUGUGACCUGCUGAUCAUCAUGGGCACCUCGCUGACAGUGCAACCGUUCGCCUCUCUGGUCGAGUACGUCAACGAUGACUGCGUGCGAUUGCUGAUCAACCGAGACAAGGUCGGCGGAGGCAACUUGGGCUUCCUGCGCGCAAUGAUGUUUGGUGAAGGGCUGUGCUUCGAUCUGCCCGGGAACCGACGAGACGUUGCCUGGACGAUCAACUGUGACGAUGGUUGCCUCUUUCUGGCCGACCAGCUUGGCUGGGGGGAUGAGCUGAGAAAGCUGGUGGAAACCGAGCAUGCGAAGAUUGAACCGAUCCGCCCGCUGUCCACGAACGUCCCACCUGUCGCCAUUGGCAACGAUGCGGUCGACAUGGAACCGACUCCGAUCGCGACCGAUCCUCACGAGGAGGACGAGCAUUUCAACGACAUUUCCGACAGCGUUUCCGGACAGCACGGAGGUGCAUGUGCUGGCAGCGAUGCCCAGGAGGAGAAUGUCCACGCGAUGGCCACUGAUCCACACCACGAACACGAACCUGUGCUCCAUCAUCAUCAUCAUCAUCCUCAUAACCAUCCGGAAACGGAUAGCCAUCACCAUCAGGCGCAUCCGCAUGAACAGCAGCAGCAGCAGCAGCAUGAGCACGAUCAGGAUCUAGAUCACCAACACGAAAAGAUGGACGAACAUCACGACGAUGUGGUGGCGGAUCUGCAACCGAAACGGGCGCAGGAGGAAAAAACCUAAAACCCAAAACCAAUCCCUCCCGCAUAAGCAACUGUGCGAUGCGUUUAAACACACACACACACACCGUACACAAGGCACAAGCAUACCGUUUCCGGGAUUUAACACGAUGGAAACGCAAGCAUAAAAAACACAUACACCACACCCAACACUUUAACAAAACCUCUAGUUCACUUGUUCCGAUUUCGAUUCUACGUUAUUUUGUAGUAAAACAAGUGCUUCGGCCUUGCUCCACAUGCCUUCCCUUCGCAUCCUUUUAAUGCACGCACGCACGCACGGUUCUUUUCUUUAUCAGCCUUUCUCAGUGAGUUAUAAUAAUAGGAAUAGAAAGCAGCAAACCCGCCCACACGCGUACGUUUUGGUGCGAUCCUUCUUCCCGUGAGGAUCGCCUUAAAGGCGGGGUGGGCAGUUGCAGCAAGAAACAACAAAAUGAGUGCAUCCCUCGCCUGCAGGGCGUGUGGAUGAAGAUGUAAAGUUAGUUUUCCUUUAAGUAAACGGGCGAUAAGGGCCUGGACAAGAGAGAUAGAGAGAUAGAGAGAGUGAAUAGAAAUCAGACGAAUGGACCAUUGCGUAUGCCACAGAGGUCGGUGCCGAGGAAGCGAGAUGCUCUGGCGUUGGUGCCUCCGGUGUAGCGCUGCAAAUCAAAGUUAGGGUAGCUAGAAUGGGCUAAAAAUAUGGGGCGCGUAGCAAAGCAAAACAAAUAGAAAUAGCGCAUUACCUUCGUCACCAGUUUUUGGCACGCGAGGCAAUUGAGGAAAGCAUUUUUUGUUUGUAAGCGGUAAUUUGGAAGUCGUAGAAGAACGUAUUCUCUUGACGAGCAAAAAGCACUGACAAUAUGAUGAUGCAGCUCGUUCGAGUGAGGCGCAGGCGUGUUCUCGUUAGUUCCGUUCCGUUAUCCUUUUUCUCUUCCAUGCGUGGCCUCGCGCGGGGCCAAACGCGAACGCCGUUUCACACCUCUGCAGUGACACACCAACGUACUGUACGGUCGGUCGAUAAGUUUGGUAGUAAUGUACGGAUUAUAUAAAUAUUUUUAUUCUUCGCAGCAGAGAAGCAAGAGUUUAACAAUAAAGAAUGGUUAGGGCAGAAGCCGAGGGCGGUACGGACCGGCAAUCGGCGGUAGGCAGGAAGAAGGCAGAGAUUCGAACGAAGGAAACAAUUGUGAAGGAUGAGAUAUGUAGAGCGAGUUUGAGAACUUAUGCUAUGAAAAGCGCAUCUGUGAACUUUCGCGAGCUAUUAGCGAGAGAACCGGCGACAAAUGAGGACGGAACGGUGCAGUUGCAGGAAGGCAACCAGCAGCAGCAACAGCAUUCAGGCGGCGGCAAACAAAAACAAAAUGGAUACAUACAUAUAAAAAAAAACAUUACAAUUUAUUAGUUCUAAAGCAAGCAAGCAGUCCAAUUCACGACGCGGAUAUUUGUAAUAAACCGGGGCUAAUAUAAAUUCUACGA